AUGUCGACAUUUCGAUUUGCUACAAUCAAUGUUCAUUCUUUUCGUAACUCAAAGUUUGAUAGUAAUAUAUCUGAUUUGGUGUCGAUUUUUGAACCACUUCAUCUAGAUUUGAUUGCUGUGCAAGAAAUACAAAAUGAUGAUAAAUGGCAGAAAUUUUGUACGCUGUUGUCUUUACCUUAUUUUAUUUGUGGACAAAAUAACAAAGAUCUUUUUUGUAAUGGUAUUGCAUCUCGUCAUCCCAUCAAAUCUUAUUCAACUCAAAUAUUAAGUUUUUCAUGCCCAGGUGGCAGAAGAUCUUUACUGCAAUGUAGUUUAGAUGGUGAUCAUCUAUUUCUUACUAAUCGAAUAUUUGCUGUAACACAUUUAGAUCAUUUAAAUGAAGAUGAUCGAUUACAUCAAAUAGAAGAAUUUAAUCCAUAUCAACAAAACAUUGAUAUUUUAAUGGGUGAUAUGAAUGCCUUAACAAGAGAAGAUUAUUCUGAUGGUUACUAUCGAGAUAAAGUUGUUGAAAUUCGAAGACAAUCUCAAUGGGAAGAACCACGUUUUGAUUUGACAAGUUUAAUAAGACAUAAAUGGAAAUAUGAAGACGCUUUUAGAUUAAUAAAUCCAACAUUAAAAAAUGAACAAGUAUCAACAUGUUCGUAUGGAACUCGUAUUGAUUAUAUUUAUUUACGUCCUAGGAAUGACGAUCAAUGGAUAUUAACAAAAUGCUCGAUUAUUGAUACUCAAGGGGUCACUGAUCAUAAUGCUGUUUUCGCUGAAUUUGAACAAAAACAAAUAUAA